AUGGCUACCCUUAAGGUAUACCACACCGGCGACGGGAAAGCUUGUAUCAAGGCACUCGAGGCCGCUUUGGAAUCCAAGAUGACCGUGAUGGCGAUACAAGGAAUCUUAGGACUGGAAAAGGACAUCAGCUCUGGGUCGGAGGACAGUAGUUCAGACAAGGAUGAGUAUGAUAUGGACAGGGAAGAAAUUGACGAUCUGCUCAUCUGGCUUCAUGUGAUCUGCUCCGAACGAUAUUUCGGACCUCGACAGACCCUCAAGCAACCGCCUGCCAUUCACGACUACCUCAUGAACAAACUAGAGGCCAGUCGAUUCAAACAGGAGUUCCGGAUGACCCGAUUAGCUUUUACAAAGCUCUGCGCUCGGAUUCGCAACGAUACGGUGUUCCAGAACAACUCGCACAACCCCCAACGUCCUAUCGAAGAACAAUUGAUGGUCGCGCUGAAGCGACUGGGGUGUUUUGGUAACGGGGCAUCGGUAGGGAUGCUUGCCAGAUUUUUCGGAGUGGGCGAGGGGACUGUUGAGCUAUAUACUAACCGCUGUAUAAUGGCAAUCUUACGAAUCAAGACUCAGAUCAUCCAGUGGCCUAGCCCAGAAGAUCGCAAGGAAAUCAAAGCCGACUAUGCCGAGGUGGGAUUUGACGGCUGUGUAGGGUUGAUCGAUGGGGUUCUCAUACCCCUUGCUGAAUGCCCUAGCAAGAAUGGGUCUGAUUUCUACUCGCGCAAGGGGUCAUAUGGCAUUACAACUCUAAUCGCCUGUGAUUCCAACCGUAACAUUAAUUUCCUCUAUACUGGAUGGCCGGGCUGUUCGCACGACCAACGCGUGAUGGGAAACUCCCGGCUUGCUUUGGAGCCCAAGCAGUUCUUUUCUCCUGGCGAAUACUUACUAGCCGAUUCAGCCUUUGUUACAACACCCACGAUCGUCGCCGCUUUCAAACGACCACCACAUGGAAAGCUGACCGAUGAUCAGGUCUCGUUCAACUACUACCUCGCGCGACACAGGGUUCUAGUCGAGCAUUGCAUUGGGGCCCUGAAAGCAAGAUUCCAGAGCUUAAAGGGACUUCGCCUGCGGAUCGAUGGCAGGAAUGAUCAAAUCCGAGUUAAUGCUUGGAUCCAGGCAUGCGCGGUACUCCAUAACUUCCUCAUUCAAGGAGACGAAUUCGAGUUUGAUGAUGCAGGUACAGAAAAUGACCAAGAUGAAGACCGCUUCAAUCGAGACAAAAAUCUUCAGCGCUCCACUCUGGCUGGUCGGAUGCAGCGAGAUAAGAUUAUGUCCCAGGUGCUUGAGUUUCAUGACUGA